UAGGGUUUUGCGUUUAUGGACGAUUCCAGUUAGGGCGUUUUCGAUAAAUACAGUUGUGAAGUAUUUUCGCUGUUCCAAUCUCAAUUUGGGAGCGUUUUUUGUUGUUUAGAAUCAUUCAUUGGUACCGCCGGCGGCGGCUCUAUAGGGACUGCGCCGGAGCCGGUGCUUUUAUAGGGAGUAGUUGAGUUCGAGUGGAAUUUUGUGUCCAAUUAGGCGCGGGGACGAUGGCGUAUCAAGGAGGGAAUAUGAAGUCGACGUCGAUAAAUGGCGUCAAAUUGUAUACCGUUGCUAGUCAGAACCGUUCUACAGCGACAUGGGCUCUUCCUCCUAAGAAACUUAGAGCACUGCGCAAAAAUCCAGAUUAUUUGCAGAGGUUGGAAUUGAUUCAGGAUUUGAGGUUAGAAACUGCAACCACAAGGAUUAAGGUGACCCCUGAUGGGAAGUAUGUUAUAGCCUCAGGAAUUUAUCCUCCACAAGUUAAAGUAUACGAGCUGAGCGAAUUGUCACUAAAGUUCGAGAGGCAUUUGAUUUCAGAAAUUGUUAAUUUCCAGGUUUUGGAUGAUGAUUAUUCGAAGAUGGCAUUUCUUUGUGCCGAUCGGUCUGUUUGUCUUCAUGCAAAAUAUGGGAGUCACUACAGCUUGAGGAUCCCAAGAAUGGGGAGAGAUAUUGCAUAUGACAGCUGGUCUUGCGACAUAAUUUGUGCUGCUUCGUCUCCAGACCUAUAUAGGAUAAAUUUGGAGCAGGGACGUUUUCUAGCUUCUCUCAGCACUCAAUCACCUGCUCUGAAUGUAGUUUCUCGAAGCAAAGUCCAUGGAUUGGUUGCUGGUGGGGGCGAAGAUGGAGCUGUGGAAUGUUUUGAUAUGAGAACAAGGUCUUCGGUGGGUAGACUAGAUGCUAUUGCACCCUCUGGUCAUGCUGAUGGGGAGGUGACGGCAAUUGAGUUUGAUGGAGAUGGAGGCUAUCUCAUGGCCGUUGGAAGCAGCAGAGGGAAGGUUCUAAUUUAUGAUCUCCGUUCCUCUAAUCCUUUGCGAGUGAAAGAUCACAUGUAUGGGAGCCCAAUUCUGAACAUUAAGUGGCAUAAGACACUAAACUCCGAGCAGCCCAAAUUAGUCACUACCGAUCAACACAUUGUUAGGAUUUGGGACCCUCAGACGGGGGAUGGAAUGACUAGCAUUGAACCGGCUGCCGGCAAAAUUAACGACACGUGCAUCUUCAAAGAUAGUGGUUUGAUUUUGUUGGCGUUGGAGAGCAGCCAAAUACCUUCUUAUUUCAUUCCGGCACUGGGACCUGCCCCAAAGUGGUGUUCUUAUUUAGAGAACAUGACCGAAGAGCUGGAGGAGGGUGGACAGACAACUAUAUACGACGAUUACAAGUUCUUGACAAGAGAGGACCUUGCAAGAUUGAAUUUAACUAAUUUAAUCGGAACCGAUAAGCUGAGGGCCUAUAUGCACGGUUUCUUUAUUGAUUACCGAUUGUAUAAAAUGGCUCAAAGUCGGGCUGAACCUUUCGCUUACGAGUCUUAUAUAGAAAAGCGAAAGCAGGAAAAAAUGGAAGCCGAGCGUGCCUCCAGAAUUACGAUUAAAAGGAAGCUGCCCAAAGUUAAUCGGACUUUGGCAUCCCGGCUUCUUGAGGAGGAGGAAGAGCAAAAUGAUAACAAGGGUACAGAUGACGGCGCCGAACCUCCGAAAAAGUCUGAUGCUAAGAAAACAAAGAAGAAGAAAGCUCUCACUAGUGAAGUACUCAAAGAUGAUAGAUUUACAUCCAUGUUUGAAAAUAAGGACUUUGAGGUUGACGAAUUCUCUCAAGAAUACCGCGCACUGCACCCUAUGGCGAAGAAUCCUACUUUGCUCGAGGAACACUUCAAAACCGUCCCGGAUGACGACGAGCUUGCUGCUAGCGACUCCGAUGGAUUUUCGGGAAGCGAACCAUCCGACAACGAACACGAGCGAACAAACGACAAAUCAAAGAACGCCCGCGCUCCCAGAUUUUACGAAGUGAAAGACGAUCGCCAUGCUGAUGCAUUCUGGAACAGCAAAUCCUUCGCGGAGGAAGAGUCGCUCCCGUUGGGGGAACGAGCUGCUCUGAGGAAAUUGCGCGAAAAUUCGAAGGAUACGGUGAAACACGGGCAGGGCGGGUCUCGGGAAAUCUCUUUUAAUCCGAAAAGCUUUGCGAAACGCAAGGAGUACGACGAUGACGGCAGCGAUGGUAAUGAACGUUCGGGAAAGAGGAGAGGCGUACAGUCGUUGAAGCUUCCCGGUAUUUCGGGUCGAGGGCGAGGGCGAGGAGGUAGACGAGGCGGCUUUCGCGGACGCAGCCGGGGGCGUGGCCGCCGGUAGAAAUCCGGUGACCGGAAUAGUAAUUUGAAUGAGGUAUUUUGUGAGAUGAAUUAUUUUAGCUUAUAGAGAAUCUUAAUAUUGAAUAGUAAAAAUUUUGAGGAAAAAUGUAUUAGAUGAGAUUUUUGUAAAAGAAAAUAUUUGAGAUUAUGCUAUAUUAUUAUUAUUCUAAUGUAAUAUUUUCAAAAAUUUAUUUUGUAA